CCCCCAUCGUUCAAAACAAUUGGUUUCGUCUGUUGCCGCUGUGUGUUGCUCUCCUUCCUGGAAGAGACUUGCUCUGGAGCCGCUGAUGUCGCCGCAGAGUCACUGAGACAAUAAAGGUGAAGUUCCAAGAUUCCUGAGUUUUGUCAGUCAACUCCCACAUGGCAGUGAACCACUCAGCUGAAGAUUAAACCAAGUACACUCAGCUCCAAAGCACUGCCCUCGUAGAUGCCGCUCAGUCUCCGUCUUUGCAAAUGGCUUGCUGUCUGAAGGACGAGCUCCUCUGUUCCAUCUGCCUCAGCAUUUACCAGGACCCGGUCAGCUUUGGCUGCGAGCACUACUUCUGCCGAAAGUGUAUCACCGAGCAUUGGAGCAGACAGGAGCCUCACGGAGCGCGGGACUGCCCUGAGUGCCGCAGGACCUUCACCGAUCCUCUCCUCUCGCCGAGCCUCAAGUUAUCCAACAUUGUGGAGCGCUACUCGGCCUUCCCGCUGGACGCCAUCCUUAACGCCCAGAGGAGCUCCUAUCCCUGCAAGGACCACGAGAAGGUCAAGCUCUUCUGCCUCACCGACAAAAGCCUUGUGUGCUUUUUCUGUGACGAACCAGCACUACACGAGCAGCACCAAGUGACCACCAUUGACGAGGCUUACGAGGAGAUACAGAGGGAGAUGAAGGAGCAGCUUGCCACCCUGCAGGACAGUGAGAAGGGACACACUGAAGCCCUGCAGCUCCUGCAGAGACAACUCACAGAGACCAAGUCCUCAGCAAAGAGCCUGCGUGCAACCAUCGGUGACGCAUUUGAGCGCCUCCACCGCUUCCUGCGCGAGCGUCAGAAGAGCAUGCUGGAAGAGCUGGAGAUGGAUACGGCCCGCAAGCUGGCCGACAUCGAGCACAAGAUCCAACGCUACAGCCAGCAGCUGCGCGACGUCAAGGAGGGCAUCCAGAUCCUGCAGGAGCGCCUCAACGAGACAGGGCGCCACGACUUCCUGGAAGGAGUAGCUGUCACAUCGGAGAGGAUUAAAGGGAAGAUACAUGAGACCAAUCUGACGUAUGAAGACUUCCCGACAUCCAAGUACAUGGGGCCCUUACAGUACACGAUAUGGAAGUCGCUCUUCCAGGAUAUUUCUCCAGUGCCAGCGGCGUUGACUCUCGACCCCAUCACAGCCCACCAAAGACUGAUCCUCUCAGAUGACUGUACCAUCGUGGCUUACGGGAAUCUCCACCCGCAGCCGCUGCAGGACUCCCCGCGCCGCUUUGACGUGGAGGUGUCCGUUCUGGGCGCAGAGGGCUUUGUGUCGGGCGUCCAUUACUGGGAGGUGAUGGUGUCAGAGAAGACCCAGUGGAUGAUCGGUGUGGCCAGCGAGACAGUCAGUCGCAAGGGCAGCAUCCAGAUCCAGCCAAGCCGCGGCUUCUACUGCAUUGUUAUGCACGACGGGAACCAGUACAGCGCCUGCACCGAGCCCUGGACCCGUCUCAACGUCAAGAGCAAGCUGGAGAAGGUGGGGGUGUACCUGGACUACCCCAAAGGCCUGCUCAUCUUCUACAACGCAGACGACAUGUCCUGGCUCUACACCUACAGGGAGAAAUUCCCCACCAAGGUCUUCCCCUACUUCAGUCCGGGCCAGAGUCACGCCAACGGCAAGAACGUGCAGCCGCUGCGAAUCAACACUGUACGCCUUUAAGAGCUACACACACAUCUGUGGUCGCGUUUGUCCUGACAGAUGAAUCCAUCAAAGGUGAAUUCACAGGACUUCUGUAGGUUUCAAAAGAUGUUCAAGAAAAUCAAUUUAAAAUGUUCAAUAGGGUGUUUGAAAUGUUUAUUUCUUUCAGUUCGGUGUUAAGAAUUGUGCUUGAUGUUGCUCUUAAAACCUGCGCUGUUAUUUUUUCGUGACUUGAAACGGCCACACGAUAACGGCCUGCACUUGAGCCUCAUUCCUCAUCUUUCACUGAAAAGAUGACACUAAAUGGAGUCAGAUGGACCCCUGGGCUCCUCUGGGGUCUGUGGCAGUGAUGUAAAAAAAAUAAAUAAAUAAAUAAGUGGUUCCCUUCUCCAGAAGUGACUGUCCCAGGCCCACCUUGCACACUCCCAGGGGGGCACCGCUCUCUUUGUGCUCAAUAAAGCCCAUCUGGCCCUCCAAGUAUACCCAUGCAGUGGCCAAAAGUGUUUAUCACAAAAUGCUUUUGGGAUCAAAUAAAACUUCUUUUUUUUUUAUUACAAUGGCAAAAAAAAGAGAACAAAACAAACAAAAUAUAAUCACCUCACCCUUCCUUUGCCACUGUACAUCUUUGCAUUUGUAUGUUUGUUGUCCGUGUUGUCCAUUUUAAAAGAAACUCGGGGCAGUGCCCUUGCUGUUGUACAGUGUGAUUUCCGGUAUGUGCAGUAUGAAAUGAUGCAAACUGGGGUCAAAUUGGGAGCAUCUACGAAAUGAUUCCUGGUGUUUUGUCGUAACUUGCACAGAUUUGCAGGGUCCUGUUUCACGAAGCAGUUCUAUGAAAUCAUCUGUAAAAUCUGCUUUGUGAAACAGAUUUAAGUGUGAAGAUAAAAACUACCAGAAGGUUUAGACAGUCAGGACAGUAUUUUACAUAUCUCUGAUUGGAUGAUCUGAAUUGUCCAUCAGAAGUAAGUCCCAUGCAGGUUAACACAAAUUCAGCGAUUUGACCCUAGUUUGCGGCGUUGCAGACCUCAGUGGGAUCUUGCUUCAGCAGAGACGUUUCUGUUUGGAUAUUCAGAAGGAGAUUCAUGUGAGGUGGUGUUGGGUUACUGGUGGUGGUAAUAGUUAAAAUGACUUAUGACGAUGAUAACUAUGACACUUUUAAUGAUUAUAAUGAUGAUUGUGUCUUUUGAUGAUGGCCGCUGUGCAUCCAUCAUUGUGUGAACACACUCUAGUGUGCUGGAGGUUUGUGGGAAAUGUUGUAAUGUACAAUAAAUUACUGCUAAAUCA